GGAUAAUUUUAUUAGUGAGGUCAUCAUUCCAGAAAUGGGUGUACAACUAAUUAUGGAAGAUUUAAAUGUCGAUUAUGAAUUAGGUAUUGAGAUUCGUGAAUUUAGUUUUGAAUAUAGUUCAGUACAUUUUAUCGGUAAUAAAGAUCUUUCGUACA